AUGGCUUCCGUGGCGCCCACUCCUUUUAUCGCUCGCGGUUGCGCCUUUGGCCCAGACAAGGCUGCCUGCUCGGGCCACCCACCCUCCACUGCCAGGCGCCCCGCGGGCCGUGCGGCUGCCUCCUCGGCAGCAUCCUUCUUUACAGCGGCAUGCCUGCUGCCAGCUCUGCGGCACAAGCACCGUCCACGAUGCCAGCGCUACGCGUCUUCUGGAACCUCUGGGCCGCGUGUGGCAGUGGUUGGUGCGGGCCCCGCUGGGCUGGCAACUGCUCUGGCACUGCGCAAGGAAGCUGGGCUCCAGGACGUGACUGUUCUGGAGAGGGCACCAGAGUUGAGGCCUGGUGUGGGCGGUGGUGUGCAGCUGCACUCAGGCGCAUCCCUGUUGGAAGAGCUGGGUGUUGAUCUGAGCUUUGCACAGCCGCUGCGGCGAAUCAGGAGCCGCUCUGCAAGUGGUGCAGACCUGCUGCAGCUGGAUCUGCCCAGCCUACUGGACAACUUCCAGCCCUUGUCGGGUUCGGUUCGGCGAGCGGACGGCCAGCCUGCGAGUUGUACGGUCAUGCGUGAUGCCCUGCUGGAAGCCAUGGCUGGUGCUUUGCCUGAUGACAGUAUCCGCCUGAGCACUAAGCUGCUGGAGGUGCAGACCGGCGCACAGGGACAAAGUGCGACAUGUCGCUUUGACUCUGGGCAGGAGGAGUUUGACUUGGUCGUGGCCGCAGACGGCAUCGGCACACGUGCUCGCAGCUUUGUAUUUGGGGAGGAGGGUCAGGAGGAGGAGCCUCGCUAUACAGGUCUUCGGAUACAGUACGGCGUGCGGGAAGCUGGUGGACGACCUGCUGGGUGUGAGGAGGAGGUUCACCAAUGGUUUGGUCAAGGUGUCUAUGCUCUUACUGCCACAUAUGGUGGCAUUGGUGGGAAGCGCUUCGAGAUGAUGGCGGUCGUGUUUCGCGAGGAGGCUCCGGUUGCCGAGAAUGCUGACUGGGAUCCAGCGGAGAUCAAGGACAGCUGCCUCGAAAGGUUAAGAUCUGCGGGACAGCCUGAAGAGGUGCUGCAGGUUGCCGCGGGUUGCGAGCGAUUCUUUGAGCUGGGUGUCUUCGAGAGGCCUGUGGGUCUGAAUCGCUGGCACCGCGACCGGGUGGUUCUUCUAGGCGACUCCGCGCACGCGAUGCCGCCCUUCCUGGGCCAGGGUGCAAACCAGGCCAUCCAGGAUGCUGUCUGCUUGGCACGAUGGCUGCGCCGCGUCAACUUUGCUAAAGAGGCGUCGGGAGGCUCACUGGAAACAGCCUUGCUUGGUUACACGGCACAACGCUUGCCUCCAGUGGCUGUGCUUGGCAUCGAAAGUGGCUUCCUUGGCCAGGUUGAGACAUUGCCGGGCGACCUUGGAGCGAUGGUCAGGGAGAACUUCUUCCGAGUGACAGCAGGGACUGGCCUGGCAGGUCUGGUAUUCCUCAACGGUGCGAUUGCGAGAGUCUGA